GUGUAUUUUUUUGAGGGAUUGAAUCAAGGCUUGGGGUUUUCAUUAUUCUUUCGAGCGUGGUUUUCUUUCAUUUGUGGUUUUGUCAAUGGGCUCUUUGGAUGAGGGCCAUUUAUGCGUUGAGAUUGAGAAUGGUUUUGAGAAAGAGCCUGAAACUAUAGCUAUUGAGGAUUCUGUGAAAGUUCUAUUGCAGGGUUUGGGUGAGGAUGUCAACAGGGAAGGUCUUAUGAAAACUCCCCUUCGUGUUGCAAAGGCACUUCGUGAAGGAACCAAAGGUUACAAGCAAAAGGUAAAGGAUAUUGUUGAGGGAGCUUUAUUCCCUGAACUGGGUUUACAUGAUGGGGUUGGUCAUGCUGGAGGAGUAGGUGGGCUUGUUAUCGUUCGAGAUCUCGAUCUGUUUUCGUAUUGUGAGACGUGUUUGCUCCCGUUUCAGCUUAAGUGUCAUGUAGGUUAUGUGCCAUCUGGUCAGCGGGUUGUCGGAUUAAGCAAACUGUCGAGAGUAGCUGAUGUUUUUGCGAAACGACUGCAAGACCCUCAGCGUUUGGCAGAUGAAAUAUGUUCGGCUUUGCACCAUGGAAUCAAGCCAGCAGGGGUUGCUGUGAUACUCGAGUGUUUGCACAUUCGUUUCCCAAAUGUGGAAUCAGUCUUGCUCGACUCGAAGCAUCAAGGAUGGGUAAAAGUGCUGGUGUCUUCGGGUUCGGGGGUUUUCGGAAAUGAAAACGCUGAUGCUUGGGUUGAUUUUCUCGGUCUUCUGAAAUUCAGAGGUGUGACUGUGGAGAAAAUUCUCACCAGGGACUCUAUAAGACAAAGUUGGUGCCCUUCACACUCUUCAUCUAUGGCUCAAAUUUCGUCCGAGCUUGUAACAGCCAACCCUGAUAUGGUUGCUGCGGUAGCAUCAAUACUCAGAUCUUUGGGUGAAGAUCCAUUAAGAAAAGAGCUUGCAGAAACUCCUGUCCAUUUUGUGAGGUGGUUGAUGAAAUUUAAGAAUGCGAAGUCGGAGAUGAAGCUGAAUGGCUUCACUUGUGGCAUAACCGUUCUCCUUAAAUCCAACGGGGAAGUCGGCUUGCGCAGCAACAAACAUAUGCAUUCGGAGUUGAACCUGUCAUUCUGGUCACAAUGCGAACAUCAUCUGCUUCCAUUUUACGGUAUGGUCCAUAUUGGAUACUUGUGCCCUAAAGGAUUCAAUCAUGUCGGGAGGUCCCUUUUGCAGUCGAUCAUACAUUUUUAUGGCUUCAAGCUCCAAGUGCAAGAAAGACUUACCAGGCAAAUAGCCGAAACGUUUUCGUCAAUCUUAGGUGGGGAUAUCAUGGUCGUCGUGGAGGCUAACCACACCUGUAUGAUUUCUAGAGGGAUCAAGAUGUUCGGCAGUAACACAGCCACCAUCGCCGUGCUCGGCCAAUUUGCAACCGAUCCGGCUGCUAGGGCGAUGUUUUUACAGAGCAUUCCAGACGGCACUGCAUCUCAAAUAUCAUAGGUACUCUUUUUACAGAGUUAUUCUUUGCCUCGGUUCAUGCUUUCCCAGUAUACAGCAGUGCCGAAAAGUGGUAUAAUUUUAUAUUUUAUUACACAAAAGAAA